AUGGUUAACCUCGGUAAUUUGCUGAAACAAGGUGGCGAAGGAGUAGAGCGUGACGCGGUACGAGCUGUGGCACUGUAUGAUCGUGCAAUGGCGGAAGGAAAUUCCGGUAACGCGACUUGCAAUCUUGCGAUGAUGUUGAGGGACGGAGCGGAAGGGGUGGAGCGCAAUGCGGUGCGUGCGGUGGAGCUGUUUGAGAUGGACAUCAAGGAACGGAAGCAGAGCAAGUCAAUGGUGUGUCUUGGAAACAUGAUGCGAGACGGGGCGGACGGGGUGGCCCGCGACACGGAUCGAGCGAUACAGUUGUACGAGAUGGCGGUCGAGAAAGACAACAACGCGGAGGCGGUAGCCCAACUUGCGGCGUUGCAGCGGGACAGAUCAGACGGCAGUACGCGGGACGAGGGUGAGUGA